AUGUCAUUUUUCAGUAAUUUCUCUAAGCAAUUACAAUCAGGAUUAGAAGAAGGUUUAAAAGAAGCCCAAAAAUAUACAAAUGAUUUAACUCCAAUUGCUAAAAGAACUGCAAGAUUAGUUCAAGAAAAAUUUGGUACAAUUGAAGAUAUUAGUGAAUUACCAGAAGAAUAUAUUUUAUUGGAAAAAAAAGUUGAUGCUUUAAGAAACGCUUAUAAGAAAUUAUUAACUAUUACCACAACUUAUGAAAUUGAAAGUUAUGAUUAUCCACCAAAUAUUAGUGAAUCAGUUUCAGAUUUAUCUAAAACUAUUAGUGAAAAAUUUCAAGGUUUACAAAAAGCUUCAAAUGUUUCAGAAGUGGAAAAAGUCUUGAAUGAAGAAAGUUCAAAUGAACCUCAAUUACCAAAGACUUUAGCACAUGAAUUAUCAAAAGCUUCUAAAAAUGCACAUUCAUUAUUAAAAAAAUUUGAUCAAGAUAAUUCAUUAUCAAAAGUUUUAUUAUUAUUUUCUGAAACUGAAUUAAAAAUUGGUAAUAGAAGAAUUGAACAAGAUCAAUUAAUUAUAAAUGAAUUUAAUUCUAAAUUACAAGAUAUUUUAACUAAAAAUUUCCAAGAAACUCAAUUAAAUAGAAAAAAUGUUGAAAAUGCAAGAUUAAAUUUUGAUACCCUAAGAUAUGAAUUAAAAUUAAACCCAGCAAGACAAGAAGAAUUACAGGAAAAAUUAGAUCAAUCUGAAGAUGAUUUAGUUAAUGCUACUUCUGUUGCGGUGCAAUCAAUGGAAAAAUUAAUUAAACCUGCAGAAUCUGUUAAUUUAAUUGUAUUAUUUUCUAAAAUUCAAUUAGAAUAUUUUAAAUCUGCUACAGCGGAAUUAGAAUCAUUAGUUAAGAAUUUAGAAUCCAUUCCAAUUGAAGAUGAAGAUGAUGAAGAUGAAGAUGAAACUGAAGCUAGUGAAGAAGCAUCAUAA